AUGACAAAGAUGAAGUGGAAUAUCUCUCUGGCUGCCUCCAUCGAGAAGGCUCAUGGUCAAGUCAUUGCCAUUGAGGAAGAACUCCUCAGACGAACUAUGGAUGAAAGCGAUCAACUUGUCUCCGAAAUGGCGGCUCAGAAUGGCUUUGACUUCUUCAUCGUGCUGAGCGGCAAUGUCCCAAUCAUACUCGACAGCCUCUCUGUCAAUAUCAUCCGCAUUGCCCAGCCAUUCGGACCACAGAAUAUUUACGAAGCCGUCGAAAAGAUCAUGAAGUGGCGCGAGGGCCAAAUACAACCCGUAUCCCCUGCGCCCGACGCUACUUUCUCACUCGUGUCUCCGCAGACACAAACAGAAAGCAGUCCAGACUACUCAGGCUCGGAUCUGUAUGAUAGAGGGAAGCCCGCGGAUUCAAACGAAGCAAUGAGCUCACCGGAAGGAUCAACAGCUCCACCCCGACCAUCCAGCAAGCAAGCACUGGCUCAUGUGCUCAUCGUGGACGAUAAUGAGAUUAAUGUCAAGCUACUGUCCUAG